AUGAAUUUUCUUCCUUCCUUUAUCCUAAGCGAUGAAUCCAAAGAACGUAUCUCCAAGAUUUUAGAUUUGACUCACAAUGUGGCUCACUACGGUUGGAUACCAUUCGUAUUAUAUCUAGGAUGGGCACACACUCCAAACAGACCAAAUUUGUUUAAUUUGUUGUCUCCAUUACCAAGUGUUUAA